CCCAGCUCUGCAUGAAGCGGCUUCUACUUGGCCUUCCAGGACUACGGCGCAUGCAUGUCGCUGCUGUCCGUCCGCGUCUUCUACAAGAAGUGCCCGAGCGUGGUGCAGAACUUCGCCGUCUUCCCCGAGACCAUGACGGGCGCCGAGAGCACCUCGCUGGUCAUCGCCCGCGGCGUCUGCAUCCCCAACUCCGAGGAGGUGGACGUGCCCAUCAAACUCUACUGCAACGGCGACGGAGAGUGGAUGGUGCCCAUCGGACGCUGCACCUGCAAGGCCGGCUUCGAGCCCGACAACGGCAACGUCUGCCGAGCCUGCCCCCCAGGGACGUUUAAGUCGAGUCAGGGGGAGGGCCUGUGCCUCCAGUGCCCCCCCAACAGCAGGUCCACCUCGGAGGCGGCCACCAUCUGUGUGUGCAGGAACGGCUAUUACCGCGGAGACACUGACCUGCCUGACAUGCCCUGCACCAGUGUCCCAUCUGCGCCACGCAACGUCAUCUCCAUCGUCAACGAGACGUCGGUGAUCCUGGAGUGGCACUCGCCGCGUGAGACGGGCGGCCGCGACGAUGUGGUCUACAACAUCGUGUGCAAGAAGUGCCGCGCCGACGGCCAGUCGCACUGCUCGCACUGCGACGACAACGUGGAGUUCACGCCACGGCAGGUGGGCCUGACGGAGACGCGCACGCUCAUCAGCAACCUGCUGGCCCACACCGUCUACACCUUCCAGGUCCAGGCCGUCAACGGCGUCAGCAACAAGAGCCCCUACCCGGCCCAGCACGUGGCCAUCGACAUCACCACCAACCAGGCCGCUCCCUCCAUCGUACCCAUCAUGCACCAGGUCAGCUCUACCAUGAAGAGCUUCACAUUGUCAUGGCCACAGCCUGAACAGCCCAACGGUAUCAUCCUGGACUACGAGCUCCGCUACUACGAGAAGGAUCUGACGGAGGUGAACUCCACCAUAGUGAAGAGCCAGACCAACACGGCGCGGGUGGAGGCCCUGAGACCUGGCACGGUCUACGUGGUGCAGGUGCGGGCCAGGACAGUGGCUGGCUUCGGCAAGUACAGCAGCAAGAUGUGCUUCCAGACCCUGACAGAUGAGGACUACAAGUCAGAGCUGCGGGAGCAGCUGCCUCUGAUCGCGGGCUCGGCGGCGGCUGGCGUGGUCUUCAUCGUGUCCCUGGUGGCCAUCUCCAUUGUCUGCAGCAGGAAAAGAGCCUACACCAAGGAUCCUGUGUACAGUGACAAGCUCCAGCAUUACAGCACUGGACGAGAACUCUCUUUGAGACCAGAUCUGACUAACUGCCACUCCCCCAUCGGCUGCCCGACCCACUUCUCAGGCUCCCCGGGGAUGAAGAUCUACAUCGACCCCUUCACCUACGAGGACCCCAACGAGGCUGUGCGCGAGUUCGCCAAGGAGAUCGAUGUCUCCACCGUCAAAAUCGAAGAAGUCAUCGGGGCAGGGGAGUUCGGGGAGGUGUAUAAGGGCCGCCUGAAACUGCCAGGCAAGCGGGAGAUCUACGUGGCCAUCAAGACGCUGAAGGCGGGCUAUUCGGAGAAGCAGAGGCGGGACUUCCUGUCGGAGGCCAGCAUCAUGGGCCAGUUCGACCACCCCAACAUCAUCCGCCUGGAGGGAGUGGUCACCAAGAGCCGCCCCGUCAUGAUCGUCACGGAGUUCAUGGAGAACGGCGCACUGGACUCCUUCCUCAGGCAAAACGACGGCCAGUUCACCGUCAUCCAGCUGGUGGGCAUGUUGCGCGGCAUCGCGGCCGGCAUGAAGUACCUGUCGGAGAUGAACUACGUCCACCGCGACCUGGCCGCCCGCAACAUCCUGGUCAACAGCAACCUGGUGUGCAAAGUGUCCGACUUUGGCCUGUCACGCUACUUGCAGGACGACACCUCCGACCCCACCUACACCAGCUCCCUGGGUGGCAAGAUUCCGGUGAGGUGGACAUCGCCUGAGGCCAUCGCCUACAGGAAGUUCACAUCUGCCAGCGACGUGUGGAGCUACGGCAUCGUCAUGUGGGAGGUGAUGUCCUUCGGCGAGAGGCCCUACUGGGACAUGUCCAACCAAGACGUGAUCAACGCCAUCGAGCAGGACUACCGGCUGCCACCGCCCAUGGACUGCCCUGCCGCCCUGCAUCAGCUCAUGUUGGACUGCUGGCAGAAGGACCGCAACGCCCGGCCGCGCUUCAACGACAUCGUCAACACGCUAGACAAGCUCAUCCGCAACCCCACCAGCUUGAAGGCAAUGGCCAGCAUGCCCCCUGUGCCCUCACAGCCCCUGCUGGACAGGUCGGUGCCGGACUUCAACACCUUCAGCUCGGUGGAGGAGUGGCUGGCGGCCAUCAAGAUGAGCCAGUACCGAGACAACUUCCUCAACUCCGGCUUCACCUCACUCCAGCUGGUGGCACAGAUGACUUCAGAGGACCUGCUGAGGAUAGGCGUUACGCUGGCCGGCCACCAGAAGAAGAUCCUCAGCACCAUCCAGUCCAUGACGCUGCAGGGCAGCCCGUCACCCACUGCCCUGGCAUGACUACAGCAGACACCCGGCGACGCCAUCGGGACAGGGUCAGGGUCGAGGACGGGGACAAUGGGCAUGGGGACCGGGAGCGUCCGCCGGAGUCGCCCGCGCGCGACCCCUGACCUUUCACCUGAGCACGCCAGGGUGGAGACUAUCAUCUUAAUCUGAGGAGCCGAACCGCCACACAUCCUGAAGAAAGAGAGAGAGAGAGAGGAGAGGAUAGGGGGAGAGAGAGAAAGAGAGAGGAGAGGAGAGGAGCCCUUUCAUCUCAAUGGGACGAUGACCCGCUGGAAACACACACUCCAAACACAAGGGGCGGCUGUGCUUUCAGCUAGCCAGCCAGCCGGCCAGCCUCGCCAGUGGGCCAACCAGCCUCGCAUCUGUCCCCAACCCAGCCAGGGACAGACUGAAAACACAAACACCAGGAGCAUCAAACACCAUAGGGUUGUCCACAGCCAGGAGGGAUGUGUGCAGGCUGAUCAUCGACAGGAGGAGAGAGGAGAGGAGAGGAAGUGCUGAUUUUUUGAGCUCCCCUUUAGUCUUUAUUUGCUCCUGAUACUCUUAAUGGGUUGUUUUUUGGGCAGCAUCAAAGAAAUAUGAUGCAACAAGGAAAGCUUCAUGUUUGUCCAUUUGUACAAAAAAAGACAGAUACCUCUUCAGUCUUUCCCUUUCACUCUUACACUACCUGUCUAGUCGAAGGAUUGUGGGCUUUGCCAAAGGACUCUUCAAAAGUCCACAUCCAGAUUUUAGUCAAUUUUAGGGGGUGGGUGGGAUAUACAGUAUAUAAAUAUGUGUGUAUAUCUCUGAAUAAAUAUGAAUAUAUCUUCAGAAAUAAAUCUUCAUAUUGAAGGUGACAUGUAAUGAAUAUAUAUGUACAUACUGUCUCUGCUUGCAUUUUUGGGCAAAGACAUGUUGACUGGAGUAAAAUGGACAUUACGAUUACUAAAAUGGACAUUAGAGAUGCAAGCCAACGACUGGAGACGAAGCAGAAGUCCUUGUAGACUUGCAUCAGUCAGUGUGAAAGAACUCAUGGACAAAUCUUGGACAGACUGUGGUGGCUCCUAGUCAACAUUGUACAAAGCUGAUAUAGAAGUCUGUAGAAUUGUGUAGGGGAGAAAAAAAAGAUUAUGUUUAAUGACCCCUGCCUAGAUAGUGACUCUGGCCUUGUUCUGACUCUGAUCUGGCUCUGAUGUGGCCCUGAUGUGGCCCUGAUCUGGCCUGGUUUGGAGUUGGUGUAUAUCUGUCUAGGUGCUUAUUGUGGGUGUUCUUCAUGCUGUGCUUCGCUGGCUGACACUCGCUUGUACAGAACCGUAUUCUUUUUAGUGCUUUCUCUCUUGUUUAAUGUCGAAGUGCUUGGAAGUAUUGAGAACAGUGGGGAGUGUCAGGCCAAUGCUGCCCCAAACGCUCUGGUACGUACGUAACUACACGUUGAUGUUGUUGCACUGUUAAUAUACUGUAAUAAUGUUCGUCCUACAGGGUCAACACUAAAUGUCUGGAAAAAAAAUGUUUACAAAAAAAAAAUCUUUUGGUGUCAGAUGCUGGUUAAACUGGAGAGAAGGGGUUAAAACAGCAAAAUGGUCAGUGUUAUUCAGCGUCAGGAAGUGCACACCUUGCUUUUUAAUGCAGAAAAAUUACCUGUCAUGGUAGGUUACCCUCAGUUCCAGUGACAUUAUAGUGAACGCGUUUUGGCUAAUGCAGAGGCUCAGAUGAGCACAGCCCCGAGCGGAGCCGCAAACACAAACACAAAACACACACACACACAUGCACACUAACGUCUGCACGAGAGGAGAGGAGAGGAACAUCUGGGCAUAGCUCUGCCAGACGCCCAAUGCCAUCCCAAUGAGCGCACUCACUUUAGCAGUUAUAAAGAGCUCUCUCUCUCUCUCUCUCUCUCUCUCUCUCUGCUGGCCUGGUCCGGUCCAAUCUGGUCGUUCUGGUUGUGUCGCUUGGGACAGGAGUGACUAAGUGCUUUCCCCCACUGUUGCCAUGGUGAGCUAGUUUGCCGUGUCAAAGGGAAUGAGAGGUCUUAAAUUCACUGUGCUCACUUGGGUCCAUCAUCCAAAUACUAUAUAUAUCCCUCUGUAAUAGAUGGUGUCAGGCGCUGAAGUUGUCUAGGAGUUAAUGGGACUCAGGGAGAAUGUUUGCGAUUGUGAGAGAAGUAAAAAGAUAGAGGAAGAGAGUGCUAAGGAUGUGUUAACAAGCACUAUGGGUGGGUGUGGUUUUUUGAUAUCCUCACACAGCAGCCUACUCAUUCCUUUAGCCAACCUACACGUCCUCCACCUUCAAUUUCUGUGCCAACAGUUUUUGCUGUUUUCUAUUAAUAUUUUUCCAGUUUUUUUUUUCCACGCUCCUGGGGGUGUAAGAUGGAGAUGUCCACCUUUGUGCCCCGAGGCGAGAGACUGAUGACAGGCCAUUAGUAGAUUAUUGAGUGUUUUCACCCUCACCUGUGGCACUGGAAGAGAUCCAGAUCAUUCAUUCAGUGGUGUCGGCGUAGCCAAGCUGUCUCUAUAUCUCCGCCUGCAUUAGCGCAGCUAAAGAAUGGCCAGCCCUUCCCUGGUUGAGAGGUGGAGGUGGUG